AACUGCCACGUCGAGGAAACAUGGCCGCCACGGCACCGACGAGGUAAGUGUCCGAGGAAUCAGGAACACACCAUAAAUAGACAGCAGCACCGAUCCCUUUCCUUCGUUCUGGUAGUGAAAACCAGGACAUCAUUAUUCAUCAAUCAUCAAUUUCAAAGUGGGAACACAAAUGGACGACGUGCGGAACAUCGAUAUGGUGCACCGGAGCUCCCUGAGAAACCAGGACCUGGGCUUUUUGAGGGAGAAUGCUGAGGAGUUUCUGGGUGAGUAUGGGUGGUACCUGCUCUUCAUGACAGUCUGUGUCAUUGUACUGAUUGACUACCUGAGUAAGAAGAGAGCCAGCUGGGUCAGUAUGCGCUCCUCUAAUGAAACGCCACAAGAUCCAGCUCUGAUCAUGAGAACGCAAGAGGCCCUUGAAGCCUCCAGGAGAAGACUGCAGGAAGACGUCGAUGUCAAAGCCGCAUAAUACAAGGAGAGGAAGAGCAAUGCCUUCGCAGGACGAAGGCAUGGAUGAGGAUCCAACAGUCAAUGGCUCCUGAGUGUUCCAAUAACUGUUUUUGUUUUAGUUAUUUUUAUACAUCUCUGUUGAACCAUCAUGCAAUGAUGAGUGUCCGUGUCGGACUGUAAGAUCUACAAAUGCCAAUUAAAACAUGCGGCUGAAUUGA